GGCAUUCCGUUGCCAGAGCGUGGGUAGGAAGAGGGCGAGCAGGAAAAAGAGAGCGCCAGGUGUUUGGCAGGAUUUGCCUCAGAGGAUACUGAACAGAGGAACUGAACACAGAAACCUCAAGGGAGCUGCCAGAAUUUGCCUGCACAUUCUUGUUCCGUGUCUCUUAAAGAACCAGACCAACAGAACUGGUUGCCAGCAGCCGUGGAUGCCACUAACAUUAUGACCGCAGAGGAUUCCACGGCGGCAGCCAUGAGCAGCGACCCUGCGGCGGCGGCGGCGGCGGCGGCGGCGGCGGCGGGGUCCUCGGCCAAGGUGCCCGAGGGCGUGGCGGGGGCCCCCAACGAGGCGGCGCUGCUGGCGCUGAUGGAGCGCACGGGCUACAGCAUGGUGCAGGAGAACGGGCAGCGCAAGUACGGCGGUCCGCCGCCGGGCUGGGAGGGCGCGCAUCCGCAGCGCGGCUGCGAGGUCUUCGUGGGCAAGAUCCCCCGAGACGUGUACGAGGACGAGCUGGUGCCCGUGUUCGAGUCCGUGGGCCGCAUCUACGAGCUGCGCCUCAUGAUGGAUUUCGACGGCAAGAACCGCGGCUACGCCUUCGUCAUGUACUGCCACAAGCAGGACGCCAAGCGCGCCGUGCGGGAGCUCAACAACUACGAGAUCCGCCCGGGGCGCCUGCUGGGCGUGUGCUGCAGCGUGGACAACUGCCGCCUCUUCAUCGGCGGCAUCCCCAAGAUGAAGAAGCGCGAGGAGAUCCUGGAGGAGAUCGCCAAGGUCACGGAGGGCGUGCUGGACGUGAUCGUGUACGCCAGCGCCGCAGACAAGAUGAAGAACCGGGGCUUCGCCUUCGUGGAGUACGAGAGCCACCGCGCCGCGGCCAUGGCGCGGCGCAAACUCAUGCCCGGGCGCAUCCAGCUGUGGGGUCAUCAGAUCGCCGUGGACUGGGCCGAGCCCGAGAUCGACGUGGACGAGGACGUCAUGGAGACCGUGAAGAUCCUCUACGUGCGCAACCUCAUGAUCGAGACCACCGAGGACACCAUCAAGAAGAGCUUCGGCCAGUUCAACCCGGGCUGCGUGGAGCGCGUCAAGAAGAUCCGAGACUACGCCUUCGUGCACUUCGCCAGCCGCGAGGAUGCCGUGCACGCCAUGAACAACCUCAAUGGCACCGAGCUGGACGGCUCCUGCCUCGAGGUCACGCUGGCCAAGCCCGUGGACAAGGAGCAGUACUCUCGCUACCAGAAGGCGGCCAAGGGCGGUGGAGCAGCCGACGUGUCCCCCCAGCAGCCCAGCUACGUGUACUCCUGCGACCCCUACACGCUGGCCUACUACGGAUACCCCUACAAUGCGCUCAUCGGGCCCAACCGGGACUACUUCGUGAAAGCAGGCAGCGUAAGAGGCCGAGGCCGAGGUGCAGCUGGCAACAGAGCCCCAGGGCCCAGGGGUUCCUACCUCGGGGGAUAUUCUGCUGGCCGUGGUAUAUAUAGUCGAUACCACGAAGGGAAAGGAAAACAACAAGAAAAAGGAUAUGAACUUGUGCCGAACUUGGAAAUAUCGGCUGUCAAUCCAGUUGCCAUUAAACCCGCAACAGUGGCCAUCCCUGCCAUCGGGCCCCAGUAUUCCAUGUUUCAAGCAGCCCCGGCCCCUAAAAUCAUCGAAGAUGGGAAGAUCCACGCCAUGGAACACAUGAUCAGCCCCAUCGCGGUGCAGCCAGACCCGGCCAGCGCUGCUGCGGCCGCCGCCGCUGCUGCAGCCGCCGCAGCCGCCGUGAUCCCCGCCGUAUCCACACCACCGCCUUUCCAGGGCCGCCCAAUAACUCCAGUAUAUACCGUGGCUCCAAACGUCCAGAGAAUUCCCACUGCCGGCAUCUAUGGGGCCAGUUAUGUUCCCUUCGCGGCCCCGGCCACGGCCACGAUCGCCACACUACAGAAGAACGCGGCCGCCGCCGUGUACGGAGGGUACGCCGGCUACAUACCUCAGGCCUUCCCCGCUGCUGCUAUUCAGGUGCCUAUUCACGACGUCUACCAGACUUACUGAGGCUGCUGUGACAAAAAGAGACAAGCCACCAAAAAAAAAAAAAAAAAAAUACCACUGAAGGAACACUUUACUAUUUAUGAAGAAAGAACGUGUCAGAUUCACGCACGCGUGAAAUCUGAACGCGAAGAAUGUUAUCCAAUAUUAUCCCAUGGAAAUAUUUUAUAUACAUGAAGUUUUUUUUAAAAGACUGUUUUCAACUUAGCAGGCCCGUGUUCAUACAUUUCUAAAGAGACUUGCAAUGGUUCGUGCCUUAAUAACCAUCUUUUGAAAAAUUUGUCUGCUGUACUGAAAUUUGUAUAGAGGUUUUGUGUUUUUUUUUUAAGGAUAUAUUUUCAGUAUGAAGGUUAUUUUCGUAACUUCUGCACUCCAGAGAUGUCUAUUUUGUAGUACUUUCAAUAAUAUAUCAGCGAUCUAGCAAGAAAAAAAAAAAAAGCACACUUGAGCAGUUAGGGAACUAUUUUGAGAAAUAUAUUCAAUAUUUAAAGAUACAAAACUAUUAAGUGCUUUAAAAUACUACAUAAAAUGUUAUUUUAAAGGUGAUACUGGAAAGUGCAAUUUUAAAAUGAGUAAAACCUCUGCUGUAUUUCCUCUGGCAUUAAGGGUUGACGGAGUUCCCAUGUGCCCAUGAGGCUUUCUGUCUAAGCGAAGUUAAGCAGUCUCUCCUAAGCCAACAUGGGGCACACUGGUCACCCCUGAGUCCCAACACUGGAAAGCUCCCACCUGCCACCAUUACCUGCCCCCCAUCCCCCAUCCCCUGCUACCUUAUCCCCAGUCCAACUUUCAAGUUUGGCAAGUGUAGGAAAAGUGGUUAAUUCUGGUAGAGAAAACAGCCCGUGGCUUUUAAUACUUCUUCCUGGGGUUUUGUUGGGGUGGGUUGGUUUGUUUGCUGUCGUAAUCUUUGUUUCGGUUUGGGAGGUAUUAUCUUCUCUGUGUGCUGUUUUCAGUAGCAGAAUACACAUUAAGCACAAGGUUUGGACGUGUUUGUGUAAGACAUCUUGGCAUAGCUAUUUAGUUCCUCCUAGUGCUUUUAUUUUAAUUCACUUUUGAAGUAUGAGUUCUUAGAGACAGAGAAUGUAUUUUAUGGUAGACAAGACCCUCGAGACUUGUCACCAGAAAGCUAAGCUUCUAGAUGCCUUACCAUGUUUCGUGAACAUGUCUGGAAUGUCAGAAACAUUCUGCGUGUUGAACAAGGCUUUCCUCCUUCCUUGCACACUUGGCAAGUGAACUUGGGGCGUGUACCUCCAAGAGGAGGAGAGACCUGUAGAAAUUAAGACAGUGUGUAAAUAUCUUCUAAUGCUUACUUUUGGUCCUUUCACAUUGCCAAAAUUCAUGGUGUGUAGUUGAAUACAGAAUGCAACCAUUUUAUUUCAAUGUUGUUAAAAAAAAAAAAAGUUUGCUUCAUCAGGAAGUCGAUACAUCAGUGCAGUGUUUCCUGCCUCUCAAAGGCUUCUGUUCAACAGAGUGAAUGUAAAAUACAGUAAAAUGUUAAGGUUGUCAUUGAUCUUAAGAAUUACUUUUAACUUGGAAUUUUUUUUUUUUUUAAUAAGUAUCCAUCAAGGAAGUGAGUGAGGUGUGCAGUAUGGUAGCAAAUUCAUGGCUGUGUUUUCCUGUCCCAUGAGAGUCUGUCAAAUCUUCCCACUCACUGGAUUUUUUUGUUGAUGGCUGAAUUUUGGUUUGUGGGUUAAUAAUAGGACCAUGCCCUUAGCAAAUACUUUCAGGGUCUUUUUUGCUGGUUUUUUGUUUUUGUUUUUUUUUUUUUUAAAUUAAGAGAUUCCCAAAUGCCUUCUUUCUCCCUCCUCUUGGGGGCAUGAGUUUUUAUAUAUAAGGAAUAUUUAUUUUAACUAUUCUGUGAGUACCUGAUAAGGCCUUUAUCCAUUCCUGACAUUGACAUUCCUUUCUAUCGUUCAGUGAGACAGAGUAGUUGUGCAAUGUUGUGAGAUGCACCCAGCAAGCUGCGUCCACGCACAGAGGUGUUGGAAUGAAUAAUCCCACAAAAUGCAGCUCGGGUCACACCCUUGUCCCUUGACCUGUGUGAAGGAAAUACACUGUCCUUCUCACGGAAGACUGUCAUAGAGGAUCAUGGAUGAAACUGACCCUGUGUUCUUACUGUAUUUUACAUGUGCCUGGAAAAUUUAAUACAAUAUGUCGUAACCUGGCAACCACCAAUCUACCUUCACCCAAGUGUUGGUGACCGCCAGGUCAGUGUCACUUAUCUCCUGUCUGUGGUCUUGCCUGUUCCUACUGUCUCAAAACCAUUUCAUGUACACUACUGAGGUGAGUUUAUAACUUGAAAUGUGAACUUUUUUUUUUUUUUUUAGGGUUAAGAACAAACUAUAUAAAUGUUUUAAAAAGUUUUAGAGUUCUGUUUGCAGACAUGCUAAUAGUGGAGUUAUCUUUAGCUUUGUAUUGGAAACGCUUUUUAGAUCUUGCUCCAUUUACAGUACAUUCUGAGGAUGUAUGUAGUAAAUAAAGCUUUCUUUAAAGCAGA